AUGGAACUGGAGGACAAAAGCGCUGCCUCUUCCGGCGGCAUCGUUGAGUUGACGCAGACUUCGCUCAUCAGUCGACUGCUCUAUCCGAACCCGGUGUGCAUGCUGACGGUGUGGGCGGGCAACGGCGAACAAGCCCCGGCCACCAGUGCCCCGCUGCCGGACAAGGCCGCCGCUGUGAGGCCGCGGCGUAACGUCAUGACCAUCUCCUGGCUCACCUGCAUCAACAAUCAGGUCGGUCUGGUCUUCUGUGCGGUGAAUAAGCGAAGGCACACGGCAUCGCUGCUGCGCGUGGGCCGAUCCUUCGUGCUGAACGUGCCGGUGCAAGGGAUGGAAGAGCUGGUCCUCGCCGUGGGCGGUUGCACGGGCAAGGACGAGGACAAGUUCGACAAGCUCAACCUCGACCUGUGCCAGCCCGGCUGGACCGAUCUCGACACGAUGAUCGAGGACGGCGGUGACCGACUGCUGGCGAUCCGGCCGUGUGUGGCGCACGUGGUGUGCCGGGUGGAGGCCGUCCAGGAUAAGGCGGGCCACCUGCUGCUCCACUGCCGGCUACAGCGGGCCUGGGUGCGGCCGGACUACUGGAACGGCAAGAAUUUCAUCCCCCAGCGCCCCGGCGUACCGCCAUACUUCACAUUCCUCGGCGCCCAGACCUUUGGCUAUGUGUGGCCCCACCCACCACCUUCCUCUUCAUCAUCAUCUUCCUCUUCAUCAACUUCAUCAUCAUCUUCAUCAUCUUCAUCGUCAUGA